AUGGCCAUACCUCGUGUCGCGUUCUUUGGGAUCAUAGUCGCAGUCGGCGUCUCGGCCUUUCUGACAGAGGAGGAAUUUCCCUGGCAACCUCCCGGACCGGGAGACUUGCGCUCGCCAUGCCCCGGCAUCAACACUCUCGCUAAUCACGGGCUGCUGCCGCGCGACGGUCGCAGCUGUUGGGCAGCGAUUAUCAGCAGCAUUGUCCUGGAAGUUCUUGGAGAAGCCACGGCACUGGGCUACAACAUGGAGCACAACACUAUGUUAGCAGUCGGCAUUCCCGCACUAACGACAUCGACAACGGGAAAUAGCUCGACUUUCCAUCUCAACGACAUCGAUCAGCACAUUCCGCAGGUCAUUGAGCACGAUGGAAGCAUAACUCGCGACGACAAGUACUUUGGCGACAGCAACAGCUUUAGUCAAGCUGCUUGGGGCCGCGCAUUGGCUUCUUGGGGGGACAUUGAGAUCACCGACUUCGCUGCUGCUGCCAGAGAAAUCAAAGCCCGCUUCGAAUGGGGUGAGGCAAAUAACCCAGAGUUUAACGGCACCUUUGCGAGAACCGGCUCGCUACUUCAGUAUGCCUUGCUUCUGUCAGCCUUUGGAGACUACGGAAACGCCAACUUGACUCUGGUUCGGUAUUGGGUCGAGCAUGAGAGGCUUCCUCUGAGACUGGGAUGGCAACCACCUGUGAACAACAUCAAUUCCACCAUGAACAGACUUAUCGCUGCUAAUAUCUCUGCCCUAUGGGUUUAG